AUGAAGUCGAUAGCGAUUUGGAGAGGGAACUUGAAGAGUAACAGGAUGGUUCUUCCUUAUGAAAUUAAUCCAUAUGGUGACGCUGUAGUGACUACAAAGGCUUUGUCUCGAGAUGUAGUAAAAAAUCGCUUCACUGAAGAAAUCAUCGAAACAUACGUACGCUGGAAAACUGAAAGGAUCAAAGGUGUUUGGGUGCAUAUCAGUCUGCAGAGACGAUAUAAAAUCGCUGCCGAAACCAGAGUUCUUCGAUCAUCACCGCACAAUUUGGAAUGCAUACGAGAAGUCGCUGGAGAACUCCAAUCCAGAGGAUUUGAUGACCGAAGCUGGUGA